GCAGACGAUGCUGAAGAUGCUCUCCUUUAAGCUGCUGCUGCUGGCCGUGGCUCUGGGUUUCUUUGAAGGAGAUGCUAAGUUUGGGGAAAGAAGCGAAGGGAGCGGAGCGAGGAGGAGAAGGUGCCUGAAUGGGAACCCCCCGAAGCGCCUGAAAAGGAGGGAUAGGCGGAUGAUGUCCCAGCUGGAGCUGCUGAGUGGGGGAGAGAUGCUCUGCGGUGGCUUCUACCCUCGGCUGUCCUGCUGCCUGCGGAGUGACAGCCCGGGGCUGGGACGCCUGGAUAGCAAGAUAUUCUCUGUGACCAACAACACAGAAUGCGGGAAGUUACUGGAGGAAAUCAGAUGUGCGCUCUGCUCUCCACACUCCCAGAGCCUUUUCCACUCACCUGAGAGAGAAGCCUUGGGAAGAGACCCAGUGCUUCCCCUGCUCUGCAAAGACUAUUGCAAAGAAUUCUUUUAUACUUGCCGAGGCCAUAUUCCAGGUUUCCUUCAAACUACUGCUGAUGAGUUUUGCUUUUAUUAUGCAAGAAAAGAUGGUGGCUUGUGCUUUCCAGAUUUUCCAAGAAAACAAGUCAGAGGACCAGCAUCUAAUUACUUGGACCAGAUGGAAGAAUACGACAAAGUGGAAGACAUUAGCAGAAAGCAUAAGCACAACUGCUUCUGUAUCCAGGAGGUUGUGAGUGGGCUGCGCCAGCCUGUCAGCGCCCUGCAUAGUGGGGACGGCUCACACCGUCUUUUCAUUCUGGAAAAAGAAGGUUACGUGAAGAUACUUACCCCUGAAGGAGAAAUUUUCAAGGAGCCUUAUUUGGACAUUCACAAACUUGUUCAAAGUGGAAUAAAGGGAGGAGAUGAAAGGGGACUGCUAAGCCUUGCAUUCCAUCCCAAUUAUAAGAAAAAUGGAAAGCUGUAUGUGUCUUAUACCACCAACCAGGAACGGUGGGCCAUGGGGCCUCAUGACCAUAUUCUCAGGGUUGUGGAAUACACAGUCUCCAGAAAAAAUCCCCAUCAAGUUGAUUUGAGAACAGCCAGAGUAUUCCUAGAAGUCGCCGAACUCCACAGAAAGCAUCUGGGGGGACAGCUGCUCUUUGGUCCUGAUGGCUUUUUGUACAUCAUCCUCGGUGACGGGAUGAUCACACUGGAUGAUAUGGAAGAAAUGGACGGGUUAAGCGACUUCACAGGUUCGGUGCUCCGGCUGGAUGUGGACACUGACAUGUGUCAGGUGCCGUAUUCCAUACCCAGGAGCAACCCGCACUUCAACAGCACCAACCAGCCCCCGGAGGUGUUUGCCCAUGGCCUACAUGAUCCAGGCAGAUGUGCUGUGGAUCGACACCCCACUGAUAUCAACAUCAAUUUAACAAUUCUUUGUUCAGACUCCAAUGGAAAGAACAGAUCAUCAGCCAGAAUCCUCCAGAUAAUAAAGGGGAAAGAUUAUGAAAGUGAGCCAUCACUUUUAGAAUUCAAGCCUUUCAGUAAUGGUCCUUUGGUUGGAGGAUUUGUUUACCGAGGCUGCCAGUCUGAAAGACUCUAUGGGAGCUACGUGUUUGGAGACCGUAAUGGGAAUUUCUUAACUCUCCAGCAAAGUCCUGUGAGCAAGCAAUGGCAAGAAAAACCACUCUGUCUCGGCAACGGUGGUUCCUGUAGAGGUUACUUUUCAGGUCACAUAUUGGGAUUUGGAGAAGACGAAUUAGGUGAAGUUUACAUUCUAUCAAGUAGUAAAAGUAUGACCCAGACUCACAAUGGAAAACUCUACAAAAUCGUAGAUCCCAAAAGACCUCUGAUGCCUGAGGAAUGUAGGGCCACAGUCCACCCUGCCCAGACACUGACGUCGGAGUGCUCCCGCCUCUGUCGGAAUGGCUACUGUACCCCCACGGGCAAAUGCUGCUGCAGCCCAGGAUGGGAAGGGAACUUCUGUCGAAUCGCAAAAUGUGAGCCAGCAUGUCGCCAUGGCGGUGUCUGUGUUAGACCCAACAAGUGCCUCUGUAAGAAAGGAUAUCUUGGUCCUCAAUGUGAACAAGUGGAUAGAAACCUCCGCAGAGUGACCAGGGCAGGUAUUCUUGAUCAGAUCAUUGACAUGACAUCUUAUUUGCUGGAUCUAACAAGUUACAUUGUAUAGUUUCUGGGACUGUUUGACUAUUCUUUUCCAAUGGGCAUUUAUUUUUUAUCCCGUCAUUAAAAAGAACGACUGUUAUCCUGCUACACA